AUGAUCCUGACUCUUCUGCGAAUCCAUCCCCUGCUGCUGCUAUUGCUUCUCCAGGGGCUAGCAGGAGACCCUCUCUCAGUGGCUAAGGAGCUCCUAGCAGAGCAGCCUGGACAGCAUGUCAACAGCAGAGUACCAUGGGCCAGCAAUUUGUCCUACAAGAAAAAGAAGUUCAUGGACAAGUUUGUUGAUGAACUAAUGAUCCCUCUGCCUCCGGACGUGUACUGUAAUAUCUUGAUUAGGAGUAGAAAUGUCAUGGUUUCUUCGAGCCCGUGCAAGAAAGAACACUACUUCAUCCAUAGCUCCUGGGAUAAUCUACGAAAUGUGUGUAAAAAUAACAAAUUCCCAUGCAAGAAUUCCAUGAAUAGCUGUUACCAGAGCACAGCAUAUAUGGAUAUGACAGUUUGUCAGCUACUUGAUGGUGAUCUGUUCCCUUAUUGUGAAUACACAUCUGUUAAAAAAAGGAAAAAAGUGGUCCUCUCCUGCAAGAAGCUGAAAGAUUCCACUUCCCUUUUCCCUAAUACUGUGGAAACAAUUGCUGACUAA